CUGCGCCUGAGGGCCAUGAGCUGUUCUCAGCAUCUGGAGAGCCCAGAAGCUUUCUCUCUUCUUCAGGACCUCAGCCCUUGUAGAGGACCUUGCUGAGAGGAGCUCACUACUGGGAAAAGGCCUCCUGUAGCCCCUCCCAGGGUCUUGGGGCUCCCCCAAGGUCGUUUAGUUGGAGCAGAAGGUCCUUGCAAGAUUUCUUCACCGGGCAGCAUGUCCAGACCCAGAUGAGUUGCCACAGACACCGCAGCACCGUGAGCAGGAUUUCAUGACCCCCUCGCUCAGCCGGGGCAGUCCCGUCAUUCCGGCGUGAGGCUUCGAGGUCAGAGCCAUCGUCUUCUUCCUCCACUUGGGAGGUUGCCUGAGGCUGCGUGGCAAGGCCGCCCGGUCAGUCGAGACGUGCAUGACUGGAACGCAAAGGAGAAGACGACGCCCACUGAGCUUCCGGCAGCCAAUCGGCCUGCAUCCUGACGCCAUCUGAUUUGGGUGAGAGAGAGGAUGAAAGCUGGGGAGGUGAGCAUGCAUAACCCAAUCCUGGCCUGCUGGCAGCCGAUCCUCCUCCUGAUGCUGGGAUCCAUCCUCUCCGGCUCUGCCACGGGCUGCCCGCCCCGCUGUGAGUGCUCUGCCCAAGAGCGCUCGGUGCUGUGCCAUCGGAAGCGAUUCAUCGCCGUCCCCGAGGGGAUUCCCACGGAGACUCGGCUCCUGGACUUGAGUAAGAACCGAAUCAAGACUCUCAACCAGGAUGAGUUUGCCAACUACCCUCACCUGGAGGAGCUGGAGUUAAACGAGAACACUAUCAGUGCCAUUGAGCCUGGGGCUUUCAACAACCUCUAUAACCUCAGGACUCUGGGACUCAGGAGUAACCGGCUCAAGCUGAUCCCCUUGGGGGUGUUCACUGGACUCAGCAAUCUUACCAAGCUAGACAUUAGUGAGAACAAAAUUGUGAUCCUCCUAGACUACAUGUUCCAGGACUUGUAUAACCUGAAGUCUUUGGAGGUUGGGGACAAUGACCUGGUCUACAUCUCCCACCGGGCCUUUAGCGGCCUCAACAGCUUGGAGCAGCUGACGCUGGAAAAAUGCAACUUGACCUCCAUCCCUACGGAGGCGCUGUCUCACUUGCACGGCUUGAUUGUGCUGAGGCUGCGCCACCUGAACAUCAACGCCAUCAGGGAUUACUCCUUUAGGAGGCUCUACAGGCUUAAGGUCCUUGAGAUCUCCCACUGGCCCUAUCUGGAUACCAUGACGUCUAACUGCCUCUAUGGACUGAACCUGACGUCCUUGUCCAUCACCCACUGCAAUCUGACUUCCAUCCCCUAUGUGUCUGUCAGGCACUUAGUUUAUCUCAGGUUCCUGAACCUGUCCUACAACCCCAUCCUCACUGUUGAGGGCUCCAUGCUGCAUGACUUGCUGCGGCUGCAGGAGAUCCAGCUGGUGGGAGGGCAGCUCUCCAUGGUGGAGCCCUAUGCCUUCAGAGGUCUGAACUACUUGCGCAUCCUGAACGUGUCUGGGAACCUGCUGACCACACUGGAGGAAUCUGCCUUCCACUCAGUGGGGAACCUGGAGACGCUCAUUUUGGAUAACAACCCUUUGGCCUGUGACUGCCGGCUGCUUUGGAUUUUCCGACGCCGCUGGAGGUUGAACUUCAACAAACAGCAGCCCACCUGUUCCACUCCCGAGUUUGUCCAGGGAAAGGAGUUCAAAGACUUCCCCGACGUGCUCCUGCCCAACUAUUUCACCUGCCGCCGGGCGCGCAUACGAGACCGCAAGCCACAGCAGAUCUUCGUGGAUGAGGGCCACACAGUGCAUUUUGUGUGCCGGGCAGAUGGGGAUCCACCCCCAACGAUCACAUGGCUCUCUCCGAAGAAGCACCUCAUCUCUACCAAAACCAAUGGGCGACUCACGGUCUUUCCUGAUGGCACUCUGGAGGUGCGCUAUGCCCAGAUCCAGGACAAUGGCACUUACCUAUGCAUCGCCAGCAAUGCGGGUGGCAAUGACACCAUGCUGGCCCACCUUCACGUGCGGAGCUACUCCCCAGACUGGCCCCACCAGCCUAACAAGACCUUUGCUUUCAUCUCCAACCAGCCCAAUGAGAGCGACGCCAACAGUACACGCGCCACCGUGCCUUUCCCCUUCGACAUCAAGACUCUCAUCAUCGCCACCACGAUGGGUUUUAUCUCCUUCCUAGGUGUGGUGCUCUUCUGUCUGGUGCUUCUCUUCCUGUGGAGCCGGGGGAAAGGCAACACGAAGCACAACAUUGAGAUCGAGUAUGUGCCGCGCAAGUCUGACGCUGGCAUCAGCUCUGCCGAUGCACCGCGCAAGUUCAACAUGAAAAUGAUCUAACCAGAAGCAAUUUGCAAAUAAUAAAGUUUUUUUAAAAACAAAACAGAACGUUGCUACAAACAUGCCGACCUCUCUCCUAAUCUGAACCGCCCGGUCCUCUUGUUCUAUCCCCACCUCUCUGCACCACCACUCCUUCCUCCUCUUUAUACCAGGAAAACAUUCUGCUGAUGUCUCCAGGACUCCGGUGUUUGUAAGGACAUGGUCUGACAUCGGUGUCAGAUCUAAUGACAAGAGGGGGAAAAGAAAAAAAGAAAACAAAUCAAUAAAAAGUUAUUAACUUCCCUUGUAACUGAUUUCAAUAA